AUGUGCGGCUUUCCGUCCCCCCUCCUUUACGGCUCAGUAUGGCAGCGCUGUGAUAUAAGGGCUCUUUAACGUGUAAUAAACACAGUUACAACGCGAUGUAGAUCAGAAACAACUUGGAUUAAAGUGACGUGUCUUCUCUAAAUAAGUAGAAAAACGAGCUUCAAGGAUGUUCGUGCUGGUUGAGAUGAUCGACACCGUACGGAUUCCUCCGUGGAAUUUCCAUCGGCAGCUGAACGAUGCCAUCGCGGAGGAGCUCAACAAGAAACUGGCUAACAAGGUCGUGUAUAACGUUGGCUUGUGCAUCUGCCUGUAUGACAUCACUAAGCUGGAGGAUUCUUACAUAUUUCCCGGGGACGGAGCCUCACACACUAAAGUACACUUCAGGUAUGUGGUGUUUCACCCGUUCUUGGAUGAGGUUCUGGUCGGGAAGAUCAAAUACUGCAGUCAGGAAGGAGUUUAUGUCAGCCUCGGAUUCUUCGACGACAUCCUAAUCCCACCCGAGUCCUUACAGCAGCCUGCUAAGUUUGACGAAGCCGAGCAGGUUUGGGUGUGGGAGUACGAGACGGACGAAGGAGCUCAUGACCUCUACAUGGACCAGGGAGAGGAGAUCCGCUUCCGGGUCGUGGACGAGUUCUUCCUAGAUACAUCACCCACUGGGCCCACCAAAGAGCCUGAGGCUCCUGCUAAAACGGCCGGCACAGCACCUACAACCGAUACGGACGAGGGGACACAGAAAAAAGAGUCUCCGUACACGCUGAUGGCUUCCAUCAGUGAGCCAGGACUGGGUCUGCUGUCAUGGUGGAACAGCUAGAUAAAGCUCAGCGUUCCUGUCUUUCCAGCUCCGCUAGACCGACGUCUUAAACGACGGACGCUGCGUUCGCCGGCGCUACGGCGUCUCUCCGGUGCUCCUCGACUCUGAAUUCAGUUUGUAUUGACGUUUGCAACCUGCAUUGGAUUUUUGUUUUUUCCGUUUUAUUGCGUUCCUGAGUCCUUCUGCUCUGUCUCGGAAAAACGUACAGCCUCCUUUUCAAAACGGUGCGUUAAUGUCAUUUUGUUUCAGUCAUUUGGUAUCAGCUGUCUCCAGCUGGUGUGCAUCUUACUGCGUGGAAAAAUAAUAUUUAUUUUGCUUUAAUAUUCACAUGAUGUCAGUUGCGUGUUGAUUAUUUACUGUGUCAAUGAGUUGCUGAUACAAAAUAAAGCAAAAAUUUAUUUUCUUGAUCUGA